AUGUCUCAUAUGCGUGCCAACAUAUCAUCAUGGGUAAUUCAUGCUAAAGAUAAACAAGACCGAAUUUCAAAAGAAAGAAAAACAAUAUUAGAAAUAGUUCAAGAUAAAACUGGUUUACGACUUGAUCAAUGUGAUUCUACUUUGUCUACAACUGGUGGUACAAGCACAACUGGUGGACAAGCUCUUGAAAUUCUCUAUCGAAUGGUAUAUACUAGUUGGGGUUUUAAUUGA